AAGGGAGGCUGGCAGGAGCCGCGCUGCCGGAUUGAGGAAGCUGACGACGGUGCAGCAUGUGGGCAACACACUGUAUAAAGCUCAUAAACUUGUAGGCUGAUGUGCGCAGCUCCCACCUUGGAUUCUGUACCGCUGCCUCCCGCGGCACCAGGCGCCACGCCGAGCACUAAAACCCGCUCUUGGGGACGGAGCGCUUACCCCUGCAAGACAUGAAGGGCUUCCUGUUGCUUACCCUCCUCCUGCUGCCCCUGCACGCUGGAACUGCUUGGAGUGCCAAAUACGCGGUAGAUUGUCCCGAGCCCUGUGACAGUAACGCGUGCAAAAGUACCUUGCGCUGUAAGCGAACGGUGCUGGAUGACUGUGGCUGCUGCAGGGUGUGUGCGGCUGCUCUGGGGGAGACUUGCUAUCGUACGGUCUCGGGUAUGGAUGGUGUCAAGUGUGGUCCUGGGCUGAAGUGCCAGUUUUACACUGAGGAGGAUGACUUUGGUGAUGAAUUUGGUAUCUGCAAAGAGUGUCCCUACGGCACCUAUGGGAUGGAAUGCAGGAAAACUUGCAACUGUCCGUCUGGCAUCUGUGACAGAGUGACGGGGAAGUGUCUGAAGUUCCCAUUUUUUCAACUUUCUGCCUCAAAGCCUCCAAAUCGACGAAAAGUGAUUUCACACGCAGAGAACGACAUGGCAUCAGGAGACGGCAAUUCUGUAAAAGAGGAAUUUGUUAAGGAGAAGGCAAUUCACUCUCCAGUAAUGAAAUGGCUAAAUCCUCGCUGAUAUUUACUUCCACUAGUAAGACUUUCAAGUGAAUGCAUUUCUCACAGAUUGAAUAUGCAACAACACACUUUAAGAACUAAGUAGAUCUAUAGCAUAUGAAAAUGUAACCUCUGAAGGCCAAUUGUGAUUCUGUUUUUCAUGAGAAAAAUGUUUACUUUAAAAACAGACUGUACAGUGUAUAUGAUUUUUGAUAUUUGUUUUGAUAAGUAUUUGAACACAGAAAUGUAUUGUGGAUUGCUGUAUGUAUAGUAAUAUUAAAAAAAAACCCACAAAAUUCAACCCUCUUCAUUUAAAUAAUGUCAAAGGCCGACUCUUGCAGCCUCAGGCCAGGAAAGCUCUUACUGAAUUCAGUGGACACUUUGGGUGAGUUCAAAACUAUUGGUAAGGAGCCAAAGUGAAAGAAAUGCAUGUCAACAAACCCCAGGAUAGAAAGCAAUGCCCCUGAGUCACACCGACGAGGAUAAUAAUAAUGUAGGAGCACAGUGGUGUGAAUUAAAUAAACCAACAUUAGUCAUUAGUCAUCUUCUGGGUUUUGGAAGUUUGGUAACAGUUCCUAGGAGAAAAAUAUGCCUUUUUUUCAAGGAGAAAGCACCCAUCAUUUAAGCUUAUAUGCUGUGAAUAACUCAGCUGAGACACUGUAGAAGUAUAUUGUAUUGGGUGGAUAUCUAAUGUUAAAUUCUGUAUAGAGAAACUGAUGCUUGGUAAAUUAUGCAAAUUUGUAGUGGAGGACCUGAAACUACCGAAGUUGCUUAGUAUUAUUUAAAUAUAUAUGUCUCUAUAAAGCAGAUAUUUUGGUGCCAUUAUGGUGAUGUCUGCAUUUCAUGGGGAAGAGUGGGUUCAAGGCCAGAGGCCAGCAAAUGGACCUUCGUACUUUCCAUCUUCUCUGCUGGCUACAGCCCAGCUCUGGCUCAGAGGACGGAAUUUAUCUGACCAAAUGUAGAGGAGACAUGGACACAGAAUUAGCUGAUAGAGCAGCCAGACCUGUCAGGACUUUGGUGCCUGUCCCUCAUUUCUUAGUUGCAGGAACAAGCAACCCUGUUUCAGCUAGCAACAUAACCUGCAUACAUUAGAGAGUCGUGGGAAUCAGCAGUCCCUCUUUCAGUCCAGACUGGGCUACGUAUUUGUAAACAUAAAAAGCCGUACUGAGAUGGGUUUACUAAUAUGUUUGGAAACAAUCAGAUCCUCAGAUAGUGGAAAUUAAUGUAGCAGUCUUGGAGUAAAGCUGGUCUGCAUGCGUUUAGGAGCUGCCUCAUAGUGCAGAGCAGCCUCACUGGAAAUGCAGCCCUAUUUCCUUCGAAAUCAAUGUGAAUUUUGACAGUGAUGCCAGUGAAAGGAGCUCACUACAGCAGCAGAAGUUUGAUGCAGGAACUGGAAACAUGCUUUAAAAUUCCAACAAGAGAAACUGCAAAACCUUUAAAGAGUCCAAAUCCUGAUCCAAAGCCAAUUUCAGUGAAUGCAGGUUGUUUUCACCUUGGUAGGAAGUACUGGAUCAUGCUGUGUUAGAAUGAAAAGAAAAUCACUGCAGUAGACACUGCAGUCACUUCAGUGUGGCACUGCGGGUUCUCGGCGGCAAUAAUCAGAGAAAAAUGAACAUAAAUCCCAAACUAGCACGUACUACAUUUUAACCUUUAUGGAAUGUGUUUAGAUCUGAGGGAGAGAGAUAUUAUAUUUGGAUAUUUACAAGCCAAGGUCUUGAUUCUCAACUAUUGAUAUCAAAAGUAAUUUUUUCUUGAUUUGAGUGAGAGCGUGUUCCUUCAGCAGACUGAAGAGAAUUAUUUAAAGACUGUAAUAAAUAUUUGCAUACAUUAUU